AUGCGGCGAACAACUCUGGCCUUGACGAGUAAACUGUUGUAUAAUGACUUUGCGAAUACUCGCCUCAUAAUCAUGAACCGCGAAAAGUCUCUAAAUGCCAUUGAUCUGGAUAUGAUUAAUGUGAUGCAACAGCUCUAUCUUCACAAACCACACCCCAAGGGUGACGCUGCACUUUAUGUCCUAAAAGGCGCCGGCACCAAGAGCUUCUGCGCUGGUGGUGACGUCAUCGCGGUGUCAAAGAGCAUUGCCCUCGCAGAAGAGUUCUUCUAUAAGGAAUACCAAGUUAAUUACCGCAUACUCACAAUGCCAAACCCCCAAGUCUCUUUGUGGAAUGGCUACGUCAUGGGCGGAGGUGUGGGCGUUUCUGUGCAUGGACGAUAUCGUGUGGCGUCGGAGCAUGCCCUCUUUGCAAUGCCAGAAACGGCCAUUGGAAUGUUCCCAGAUGUGGGGGCAACAUGGUUCCUGCCUCGUGUCAAGAUGGAGGGGCUCGGCCUGUACCUUGGCCUAACGGGGGCGCGCCUGAAGGGGGCGGACUUGGCCCACGCGGGCCUUGCAACACACUAUGUCCCUUCCGCCUCCUUUGCGCAGCUGGAGGAGCGCCUGUGCAGCAUUGAUGACCCUGCGAGGACGGAGGCGUGUCUGGAGGAGUUUGCCGUGAAGGAUCUGCCCCCGUUCACGCUUGAGCCGCACCGUGAGACGCUUGCGAGGAUCUUUGCAUUGGAAGACACAACCACGGUGGAGGGCAUUGUGGAGGCCCUCUCCGCCGACGGCGGUGAAUUCGCGUUGCAGGCGCUGAAGCUGCUAAACCAGAUGUCCCCCGCCUCUCUCUGUGUCGCCUUGGAGAUGUACAGGCGGGGCUCGAAGAUGACAGAUCCUGCAGACGCGUUCCAAGCGGAUUUCAUUGGGGCCAUGAGAUGCUGCGUCAAUCCGGACUCUCGUGAAGGGGCGAGGGCGCUGCUGAUUGACAAGACAAAAGACCCCAAAUGGAACCCGGCCCGGCUCUCGGACGUCACGGCGGAGUACGUCGGGGCGUACUUUGAGCCCUUGGGACCCCAACUUCGUCCCUGGCACCCAACCAAACCCUUUUAA